AUGUAGCUCAUAUUAGACUAUUGUAGAAGUUGUGAAAGAGUUAUGGAUCAAUUAUGAUUACAAUACAAAACCUUUGGUUCUUGGGGAAAAUGUUGAAAAGUCGAGCUCAAGAUGUUUUUCAAGUAACUAGGAUGGGAGAUGUUUGAACCUCCCUAGGGCCAAGAUAAUGAUUGUCACAGAGUGGGGACUUUUUGUCCUCAUAACAGCCUACUGUAUCACAGACUGCACCGUUCAAACACAAACAACCGAUGAGACACCUCCAGUUUUCACCGAAGAGAACAGACCGUGCGGCGGGGUGCUUAACGAGGCUAGAGGGUACUUACAGACGCCGGGUUUCCCCGAUAAGUUCGCAGUUCCCAUCAAGUGCAAAUGGAUAAUCGACGCCAGCUUACAGCCAUUCAACUCCACUAUCGUCGUCUACCUGACUCAGCUCUUCGUGACAACCGGUCUCAGAUUCACUGAGUCACUCUUCUACGAUCCUGAAUUGUCCUACUCGCUGGGCGAAAAAUUCGGGGAAAAACUUUUGCACUCCGUAACCGAGAAAAACUGCAGAUCUACGUCUUGGUUGAGAACUGACGCGAAGUUUUUGAUAGUCGAUUUUGAACUGGAUCAACUUGAAGGCAACCAUUUGCGCUCGCUCGGUGGACUACUUGAUGUCUACGGCUUCAACAUCACCUACGAGGCUCGGAGUGACUCGUCAGAUCCAGUACGAGAGCCCACUUGUAGUGUAGUGGACUGCUCCUAUGAAGGUCACUGCUAUGCCGCCGAUAAUUUCACUGAAUUCUACUGCGACUGCUUUUCUGGAUUCGAAGGGAAUGAUUGCAGUCAAGGGCCACUUUGCAGCCUCGAAAACAACAUGUGCAUGAACAAUUCAACAUGCAGACAUUUGGGAGCUACAACUACAUACUGCAGUUGCCCCCCAGGUUAUAAGGGCUCAAGAUGUGACGUGGUCUCUUCCAUCAAACAUAUCCUUCCAGACUGUAAAAUCUCCAACACAGAGACAUGUACACCUCAGUGUUCAUAUAAGCUAAACCAAGCUCCAUGUUCUUGUCCACAGGGAUUCUCCAAAGCACCUACAGAUCGAAUGCGAUACCAGAAUACGAUGAAAUUGGGAGGAUCAGUUGGAGGUCGCGGUGAACUUCCAAAAAUUCAUCCAAACAGAACAUUUACUGCUCAAUUCGAGAGACAAGUUUUCAAGUACCUGCGCAACAAGAUUCCGAAGAUAGAUGGACUGCGAGUGAUCAAUAUUACGUUGGAGGGUGAAAUAACUUUUCACUUUUUUGCCAAUAAACGAGAUGGCAGGAAAGUGAAAGAUGCCCUGAAUGAGCUGGUGGAGAAGCGUCAUUUGGGAAAUAUCACCUUUGCUCCGAGCAAGAUUACGCUGCGCCAAAAUCCGACGCUUCUAAUCAAGGAGAUACGAAUCAACCAGAGAAAAGCAGCCGUGCGGUGUGGAGAUGACUUCAUCUUGUCUUGCACUGCUCUUGGAUCUCCCCACAUGAGUUUCCGAUGGUACAAGGAUGGCAUGGUUGUUAAUGAAACAAUAGCUCUGAGGAAUAUUUGGACGAAGCAGAUGAAAACGGAUAUGAACGAUCAGUACAUGUCGCUACUGAGUGUGAAAAAUGCUGAUGCUCUUGAUGAGGGGAGGUACACUUGCCAGGUCACUGAUUGGGGCGUCGAGCAGUGCAAAACUAUUGACCUUGAGGUCAUACCACCACCAGACGUCAAGGUCAUGCCGAUGACAAUAACGGUUGAGAAGGGCUCCAGCUUGAACAUAGUGUGUAUGUGGCCUGUGGGCGUUGAUGACAGGGGCCAGAUUUAUGGCUACUCAUGGCUGAAGGAAACGAAGGAAUCCAAAGAUGUGAAUCUGUUCAAAAUGCAGAAGAAUGUCGAGGAAUGGGAGGAUCUCUAUCCAGCUGGCAGCAUCUUGAAAGUCUUCAGUAUACAAAAAAGUACGAAAUACACUUGCCAAGUGCAAAGUAACGCGGGAUCAGUGAAUGCCAGCAUCGAAGUGGAGAUUCUGAACAAAACAGCUGUGCCUUGGUGCGAGGCAGAUAACACUAAUGCCCACAAAAUGCAUUGGACAGAGACGAGAGUAUGGGGUGUCGCCAAAGUCGAGUGUCCUCCUCAUUACAGGGGCAUUGUGAAGAGGAUGUGCUCCUUGAUUUACACUGGACAGGCUACAUGGCAAACUCCCGACUUUUCUGGAUGCAUCUCAAACAAGCUGAUCAGGAUAUCCAAUCAGUUCCAGAGUUUAAUGCUUGGAUUCCAAAACACAACAACCGUGGAGAUGUUGGCAAAUGUCUUGGAACUGCUGAAAGCUAGACGUGAAUUGUACCCGGGGGAAGGUGAGCCCGUACUCAGCCUGAUGCAAAACAUAACUUGGUACCUGAACGUUACAUCGGCAUGGAAUGAUCUCGUUGAAGCUACACCACUUUUCUACAGCAUUAUAAACACUCUGCUGCAGUUUGAUAAUGCCAUCAUAAACAGCCAGAAAGUUGUCGAUCUGCAAAAACUGGUGAACCAAUGGACAAUAUUCUGGACAUCACAUAUCGAGCCCGAGUUCAGCCCCACAUUGAUAUUCGACUCUUUGAUAGUUGACGUUUUCACGUUUGAUUCGUCAUCUGUUCAGUCGGGCAUAAUAUUCUACUUGCCAAGAAAUACUCAUGUCAGUUACCCAUCCUGGUUCAAAGAAUCGUUGGCUGUUAUCAUAGACUCAGGAAAUAAAAUGCUGGACAACGGCACUGUUUGCGUGGCUGUAGUGGUAUACAGAGACAUCAUGAAAUAUCUUCCCGUGCGACAGAUAUUCAAAAAGGAGGACGGCAGCGAGUUGGAGUACGAGGUGGCUUCAAACGUGAUCUCGUUCGUGAGCAAUGCUGUCCUGAAGACUGUGGUCGAGAUAGAGUUUGCCACACUGACCAGGCGAGGCUGGAACAUGACCUGCGGCGUCAUGAUGACUCCUUGGACCAGGUGGCAGCUGGAGAAGUGCUAUGUCAACACCAUGUCAGGCCGCAAUGUCACUCAGUGCUCCUGCAAAAUGCUGGCAACGUUUACUGCCUUGAUUAUGAAGACUACUAUCAAGAAUGAAACAAGAACCAAUCCUAUACAAACAAACAUAGUUCUGAUUGGAUGUUUGUCAUGCAUGGUACAGUGUGCCUUCACAUUGGUUCUCCUGUUCGUUCGAUGGUACUACAGUCCAUCCUAUCUCAUCUUCCUGAAGAUACAGUGCUGCACAGCUAUAUCAGCCGCUAUGAUAGUAUUCCUCUCGGCUACUAGUACUACCUUGAAUAAGAGCUCCUACCCUUUUGCAGCGAUAGGCCUUGAAGCAUUCUUAUUGCUAGCAAUUUCAUCACACCUCAGUAAACUAUUGCUUGUUUAUGCAGAAGUUGUUAGCCUGACAAAGAUAAAAGUAUAAAAUUGACUGUCAUCGGCAUUAUGAAUGGAUUCACAAUGCUAAUAAUGCUAUGCAAUUAUCUGGUUCACAACUCUUCAGAUUGGGAAUUGGAGUCCUGGUGGCUAAUACAAGGCACAUUCAUUUUUUAUUCGUGUCUAACAAGUGGAUUCCUCAUGGCAGCUCUAUUCAUUUUCCUCUACAUUUGUGUAAUGAGGCAUCUGGCCCUGUUACUCACUAUCAAAUCUGUUCAAACUGAUUCUUCAAAGGCUAUUCAAAGGAGAUUGGGUCUACUAAGAAGAGCUGGAUUGAUAUUUGUAUCAAUAUAUGUGAUGGUAGCAGCUAGCAUUUUCUAUGUAAACUACCCUGGCCAUAUGUCUGCUCAGUAUGCUUUCAGUUUUACAUGCGUUUUACUAGGUUUCGUGCUACUUACAUGUUAUAUCAUCCAGAGUGAAACUUCAUAUCAUCUAUAUUUGAUAAAGAAAGUUGGGACGGACUUGGCUUACAUGACUGGAUCGGAUGGAAACAUUUUAAGCUUCUUCACCAAGCAAGAUGGCGAAGUUGAGAGUGAAGCAGCUCCUCCAUCUAAAGAUUCCUACAGUUGUGAAGAUGAAGGUCUUCAAAUGAAAGACAUGUGCUCCUCGAAUACAGCCUCUUCAAAGACAGACCUCUCACACAAAAGCGGAAAGAUGGUCACAUUCUACUCUGAUUUAGUUUCAGACUGUAACAAAGACGACCGACAAUGCACUUGGGAGAGUUGCUCAAAAAACUCGCAAAAGUACGAAUGCAGCUCGGUAACAAAAGCCGACUGCACCGAGGAGCCAGCAAUGGUGGACAAGUGGCACUUCACGAGAACCAGCUACUGCCAGAGCACGUCUGAGUGCCAGAGCAAGCCGGAAAUGGUCACCACUCGCGUCUGCGUCGAGCUGGGCGUCAUCAAGAACGGCGACCGUGGAGACAACAUGAUGGAGACACCAACCAUAGUGUUGUGUAGUGUCGAUGUCGAGCCCUGCCCUGGCAAUGUUGUCGAACUCAAUGAGAUCAUGGUCAAAACAAUAUCGGACACUACACAUCAAUCGCCAGACAUUCUCAACCAUGAAACUGUGAAAUACUCGAUCGAAUCAACAACUACUCUGCCCGACAAUAUUCCUGACAAAGUUGUUGAUUCCUCGACCCAAAACGUAGAAACAAGUGCUGACGACAAUCAACCAAUGAAUGAUAGUGAUGUUCUCGAUCGCAUUACUCAAGAUUUGGAUUAUCUACUCAACCGUAACUCAGAAAGUAGUGGUACUGUUGAUGUGAUUGAAAGUAACCUCCCAUUGCCAAGGCUUCCCCUCACUUUCAUACCAGAGGAAGAUAAUGAAGUUGAUAAUAGUGAUGAUAAAAAUGUUGACUCAAAAUCUUAACACGAACAUAACUAUUGAAUGUGUAGGCCUACCGAUGUGAAAUACUAAAAGCUGUUGCUGUGAUGUAAAUUAUUAACUAUUGUUUCUUCAAUACAUAAAGAAUAAAAAAAACUUUCUUGAUAAUAAAGGAUAUAUUGUAACUUUUUUACCCUGCAUAAAACUCAUGACUAUGAAUUGUGUGCAAAUACCAAUCCUGGUUUGUUGGUUGUUUUUUCUGAUUAUUAUGUCGAUUCCCGCUCCAGCAUUGGCUCAACGAGACGGAUGAUAAUGAGUGAACCUAUAGAUUCAGGCGUGGAUACCGAACUGGAAGAGAUUUUUAUAUUCAUGAGUUAUUUUUAGAUGGACCACUUGUCAAUAGUUUGAUCAAUUAGCCUAUAUUUCACUUUUCACGCUUCAUUAUAAUAAUCAAUUCUCAUCUAGUUUCGCACAGGCUGUUAUAAAUUAAAUUGAAUGAAGAGCUGCUUCCUAUAAUCUUACUAUUACGUGUUCCACUUUAGAUAAGAAACUACACCAUUGUAUAUUGUAUGAGAUAAUACAGAAUAUUGGUGAAAGUUAUGGAAACACCUUCAUAUUCAAUUUAAAAGGAUGAUUUGACAAUAUAUUUGUUCAAU